AUGAGGAGCGCACUGUAGCGGAUAGCGAAGUAGAAAGAAGAAGCUGUAACACGAUUGUGCUGCUGGAGUAUGUUGAAGGAUGUCUGCCCCCCUUAUAUAGGUGUAGACCGUCCUCCAACAUCCAAAAGCGUCCACCCAGUCUGCUCUGUUAGGAAGAUAGACACCGCCGUACCGAACGAGUAUGGCUCCCGUGUGCAACAUACCGCCCUGUGGCACCUCCACCUCUAGUACGCGGACCCUUGAGUAAAACU